AUGGAGGACGCCAGACUUUGUCAGAUUGUGACACCUGUUGGCAUGCUAGGUUACGGCUUCAACGAGCAGCACACCGAGCAUGCACUUCAGGAGGUCUGCGCCUUGCCAACACCAUCUGCUUUGAUACUCGACUCUGGCAGCACAGAUUCAGGUCCGAACAAGCUCGCUUUAGGUUCCAUGUCAAAUCCUAGAUCCGCAUACGAGCGAGACCUUCGUCGACUUCUUCGUCUUGGACAGAAGUAUCGCGUACCAGUCAUUACUGCAUCUGCUGGUGGUGACGGCACCGAUCACCAUGUUGAAGAGCUUGUCUCUAUAAUACAGGCCCUAGCAGAAGAGGAAGAGUUCAGGACCGCCCAGUUCAAGGUAGUGAGCCUUUUUUCAAACAUGGACAAAGAUUUUGCCCACCAGAGGUUUCAAGCAGGCAAAGUACGCGGGUGUGGCUCAACCGUCCCGCCCUUGACAAACAAGGCUAUCGACGAGACCACCACCAUCGUUGCUCAGAUGGGUCCCGAACCAAUCUUUGAUGCCAUAGUCGCCAAUCCCGACUUUGAUGUCCUUAUUGCAGGUCGUUCCUACGACCCCUCACCCUACAUCGCCUUCAGCGCCUACCAUGCCACUCUUCGUGGUCAGAAGGACAUCUCAAGCCUGAGCCGUGAAGCUCUGGGAGCUUUCAACCACAUGGGCAAGAUUAUGGAAUGUGGAGGAUUGUGUAGUACGCCGAAGAGCAUGGGAGCUGUUGCUUGUCUCUAUCGAAACGAUGCGUGCAGUUUCACCAUUAAGCCAACCGAUCCACAUUCUAUGUGUACACCUCUUACUGUCGCGGCCCACAGCCUAUAUGAGAAGUCUCGUCCAGACAUCCUGUAUGGGCCUGGAGGGCACCUGAACGUGACCAAAUGUCAAUACGAACAACUUGACGACGGCAGGACUGUCAAAGUCUGGGGUUCCGUCUUUGACGCUGAUCCAUACACCGUCAAGAUGGAGGGUGCCCGCGUUGUCGGAUACCGAACCAUAUUCCUUGGCUCAUUCUCCGAUCCGGUAUUACUUCGUGGCCUUCGAGAACUCUUGUCGUUUCUGAAGAACAAACUACGACACGACUACGCGGAUAUAGGAGGGAAAUGGGACGUCGAAUUCCAUGUCUCCGAUACUGGCAGUGCUGAAUCGGCUCCGAAAAACGUCUCGAUUGUUGGUGAGAUCGUUGCCGAGACCCAAGCGAUUGCUACGCAGCUUGCAAAUACUGCUCGGGUAUGGUGCAUCCAUGCUCCUUAUGCCGGUCAGAGAGCCACAGCAGGCAACAUGGGUUUUGGCAUUGGUGGGAGGAACGAGUUCGAGGCAGGCCCUUGUUGCGAGUUCUCCGUAUAUCAUCUGGCAGACUUACAGCCAGGUGAGGAGCGUGGCUAUUCUUAUAGUGUACCUGCUUCCGGCACGACAAACCUGUUUCGAUGGAAGGUUCUGGACAUCGAUGGUGGAGGACGUCGCAAGAGCUCGGAGCGCAGUAAUGCCGAUGGAGUCAGCCAUGCUAACGGUUCUUCACCCAAUGGCACUCAGGCUGAUUCGACUAGCAGCAGCAGCUUUGCUAUUAACGGCAACAUGUCCAAGAUCACACAAGCCGUACCACACCUUCUCCCAGACGUUGCAAGAGUGCUUCGCUCCAAGAACUCAGGUCCAUUCGAAAUCACAAUCGAUAUCAUGUUCCAUAACCAAGAAAUCUACAAUAUCGUGCGAAAAUCAAACGUGCUGAAUCGAGCUGUGAUACAGGAGCUUUACAGUGUCACAGAGGACGACAUUAUAUACUGUGACUGGUUCGAACCUGCCCUAGCAUUCAAGGUGACCAUUCCGCGGUAUAGGAACGGCAAGAGAUGCGCUGCCGGGGGGUUCAUGGAAAGUGACAUGCAUGGCAGUCAGUGGCAUGUGCCGCUCAUGAUGAUGGAGUUGAGUGAAGCGGUUCAGGAUGAAAUUGUAGGCAUUGAGGACGCGAAGAAUGGCACAUAUUGA